AUGUAUAGUCGGUAACAAUUGAGAUCGUAUAUAUAUUUCUUUUAUAGAGUUAUCCCACUGAGUCAACUGAAUUCAUAGAGUAUAAGGCAGAUAAUAAGAUGUAUGCAAAUGUGUUAGCAACUACUAAAUAGUCAAAAGAAUCAGCAUUGUUAUCUAAAUUAGUAACAUUAAGAGAAUAGUAAAUGAAAUAUAUAAUCAAUAGAAUUUCAACUAUUGGUAGUCCUAGAACAACUGUUAAGACAGCGAGAGGAAUGUCUGAACAUGUUGGAGUGAUAUCUCCUCGUUCUUUUGGAAAAAGGUUAGAUGAAAAAUUGCCUAUGAAGGAAUUGGGAGAAAUUGCAAAUUAUUUUAAUACAUUGAGAGCCGAAUAAGCAAAAACGCUAUCAAAAAAUUAUGUGAAUGAGAUGGUGCGUUUGUAGUAAUGUAUUGAGAAGAAGUUGAAAAGAUGAUGUUGUUAAUAAAUUAAAUU